GUCGCGGGGCAGCCCGGGGCGGCGGCGGCUCCGUGCGCCAGGGCCCGGCAUGGCGCUCCCGACGGCCGCGCCGCGCUGCCCGUAGUUGACCAGUGGAGAAAUCAUCACUUUCCUGCUGUGCUGCAACAUCCUAAUCCCUGAUUUUGCAAAAAACCCCAUCCUGUAGGCAUGGCUCACCUGAGAGAAUUUGCUAGCCAGCACUCCAGGGUGGAUCCUGAGGAGCUGUUCACCAAGCUGGAGAGGAUUGGCAAGGGCUCCUUUGGGGAGGUGUACAAAGGCAUCGACAACCGCACCAAGGAGGUGGUGGCCAUCAAGAUCAUUGACCUGGAGGAGGCUGAGGAUGAGAUUGAGGACAUUCAGCAGGAGAUCACAGUGCUCAGCCAGUGUGACAGCCCCUACAUCACCCGCUACUAUGGCUCCUACUUGAAGGGCACUAAGCUGUGGAUAAUCAUGGAGUACCUGGGAGGAGGUUCAGCCCUGGAUUUGCUGAAGCCAGGACCACUGGAGGAGACUUACAUAGCUACUAUCCUGAGAGAAAUCCUAAAGGGCUUGGAUUAUUUACAUUCAGAGAGGAAGAUCCACAGAGACAUCAAAGCUGCCAAUGUGCUGCUCUCAGAACAAGGAGAUGUGAAACUGGCUGACUUUGGGGUGGCUGGCCAGCUGACAGACACCCAGAUCAAGAGAAACACCUUUGUGGGGACUCCAUUCUGGAUGGCACCAGAAGUCAUCAAACAGUCUGCUUAUGACUUCAAGGCAGACAUCUGGUCCCUUGGGAUUACAGCCAUUGAACUAGCAAAGGGAGAGCCUCCAAAUUCUGACUUGCAUCCUAUGAGAGUUCUCUUCUUGAUCCCCAAAAACAACCCUCCAACACUUGAGGGUCACCACAGCAAGCCCUUCAAGGAGUUUGUGGAGGCCUGCCUCAACAAGGAUCCUAGAUUUAGGCCAACAGCUAAAGAAUUGCUGAAGCACAAGUUCAUCACACGCUACACCAAGAAAACCUCGUUCCUCAUGGAGCUCAUCGACCGCUUCAAGCGCUGGAAGUCAGAGGGCCACGGAGAGGAUUCCAGCUCUGGGGACUCUGACAUUGAUGGAGAUGCCGAGGAUGGAGACCAGGGUCCAAUCUGGACUUUCCCACCAACCAUUCGCCCCAAUUCCUUGAGCAAGCUGCACAAAGGAAUGGCUCUGCAUGGUUCCCAGAAGCCUACUGAGCCCAUCAAGAGGCAGCCACGGUCACAGUGUCUCUCCACACUUGUUCACCCAGUUUUUGGGGAGCUCAAAGAUAAGCACAAGCAGACUGGAGGCAACGUGGGAGCCAUGGAGGAGCUGGAGAAUGCCUUCAGCUUGGCCGAGGAGUCCUGCCCAGGCAUCUCUGACAAACUGAUAGCACACAUGGUGGAGAGGGUCCAAAGGUUUUCACACAGUCGGAACCACCUGAGCUCUGCCCGCUGACACUCACCUUCCCUGCUGCUGCUGCCAGGGGGGAAGGAUUUAUUCCAGCUUCAUAAGAACUACAUCUCUAAUCCAGACCACCAUCUGUUGGAUGUGACAUUGUGAUGGACCCCAGGACAUUUCAGAGCCUUCAUGUUAGCCGUGUUUCCGUGAUAACCCAGGGUGGGGUUUGCAAUGCAAGUACAACUUAGACCUUUUGCAGAACCCGAGAUGGGUGGUCUAAUUGUUUUUACAAUGUAAUCAAUGCAGUUUUUAAUUGUUUUCCUACAAUGGAUGUGUCCAUUUUGGCUUGGUUUGAUUCACAGCUUGUUUCUGGUAAAUGCCUGGCUGCUGGAAAAAGGGAGAUUCUCUCCCAUUGAUGGAUGUUUCACAGGCAAGUCUGAUGGGUUUAGUGUCCUGCCCUUCCUAAAGAAGUGUUUGUGAGCAGUCUUGUGUGAGUGCAGGGAUGUUGGGAAGCUCUCCAGGUGUUUAGGGCCUCUGGGAGAGUGAGAGCAGCUCUCUAGUUGUUCUGGAGGAUCACUUCCAGCCCUUCACACACAAGUGACAACACUUCCCAGUGCUGCAGCAGCUGAGCUGAUACAGUUGCUCUUUCCCAGCCUGUCAUUUCAUAGGAGGAUGGGUUUGCUGAUUGUUCUUUUGUUGGCUCUGGGACAUCGUUUUGUGUUAGGCCUUAGUUCAUCUACUUCAGGCAACAGCAGAACUUGCCUUGGGCCUGCAGGGAGCAGGAGGCAAAGGGGAUGUUGGAUUUGCUGUGGGAGCUGUGCAGUUCCUGU